UCCUCUCCCAUCUCCCAGUUUCUGCAGCUGGGAUCUGUUGCGCGCCUGGUCUCCAAAAAAAGAGAGGAGAGGUGGCUAUAUUUGUCUCUCUCCAGAAAUCUCCCAAAACCCCAGAAAUCUGCAAGAAAAGGAGGGGUGGGGAACCUGGAAGUCGAGGCUUGGGGGGUGGUCUGGCUUAGCCCCCCACCCCCUUCUCCCCACAAGCUCUAAGGGCGGGGGAGAAAGAAAGAGAGAGAAAGCGAGAAAGACCUCUCCGAGUGUGUGCAGUCAAAGGAAGGCGGGUUUUUUAUUAUUAUUCUUUCUACCAGCUGGAUCUGAGAGCCAGGAGCGUUUCCCUUCCUUCCCACGCCCGGGAGGGCUCGGCCAGUAUCCCCAGCAUGGCAGAGGCAGCGGUGAUGGUUUGGACUGGGAACUGAGAACCGGGAGACGCGAAGACUCCGGCACAAUCUGGCAGGGACGGGCGCCGGAGACCACAUCACCAUGCCCGAGGGAGCCCGCAGGGGCAGCACCAAGAGAGGCGGCAAGGCAGCAGCACCUCGGCCCUCCUCCGUCUCCUCGCUGAGUGGUCUUGGCUCUGGCAUGGCGUCCGACCCCAUCUUGGGCAGCUGCACCUCGGUCAACACGGUGUGCUCGGACAGCGACCGCCCGGUCAGCCUCAGCUCCUCGGCGUCGUCCGCCUCGCUGCCGGACAGCCAGAGUGCCUUCGGCAGCAGCGGGGGGCUGGGAGGCUGCCCCCCGACUUACCCCCAGCACCAGAACGGCAGCGACAUCAGCCUGGACCUCACGCCGGUGGCCUUGCUGGACAGGCCGGGGGAAGCCCAGGCGGGCCCGGGUUGGUCGCCGAGUCCGGGCAGGGCCAGAGAGCGCCGGAUGAAGUUGUCUCACCUGGACCGGGUGGUGAUGGAGAUCGUGGAAACGGAGCAGUCCUACGUCCGGGACCUCAGGAGCAUCGUGGAGGACUACUUGGGCUGCAUCAUCGACUGUGGACAGCUGCCGCUCAAACCAGAACAAGUCAGUGCCUUGUUUUGCAACAUUGAAGACAUCUAUGAAUUCAACAGCGAACUUCUGGAAGACAUGGAGCGAAACACCAGCGCUGAGGCUGUCGCAGAGUGCUUUGUUCAAAGGAGUGAAGAGUUUGAUAUCUACACCUUGUACUGCAUGAACUACCCCAACUCGGUUUCGGUGCUUCGGGAAUGCAUGGAGAACGACUCCCUGGCCAAGUUCUUCCGCGAGAGGCAAGCCACGCUGUCGCAUUCGCUGCCCUUGGAGACGUAUCUCUUGAAGCCCGUCCAACGGAUCCUGAAAUACCAUUUGCUGCUGCAGGAACUGGCAAAGCAUUAUGACAAGAGCAGUCCCGGCUACGAUGCCGUGGAAGAGGCGAGCAUCACCAUGACGGCUGUGGCUUGGUACAUCAACGACAUGAAGCGCAAGCAGGAACACGCCACCCGGCUGCAGGAGAUCCAGAGGCAGCUGGUUGGCUGGACAGGCCCAGAGUUGGGGGCUUUUGGGGAGCUGGUCCUGGAGGGGCAGUUCCGGGUGCCGCGGGCGCGCAAGGAGAGGGUCUUUUUCCUCCUCAGCAAGGUGAUCCUGAUCGCCAAGCGGCGUGGAGAAGCCUUCGUCUACAAGAGCCACAUCUUUUGCUGCAACCUGGCCCUGCAGGAGAACACAAAGGACCCCAUGAGCUUCAAAAUCUCCGACCUCUCCAUCCCCAAACGGCAACACGUAGUACAGGUGAGGAACCAGGAAGAAAAACGUCUGUGGAUCCAUUAUCUGAAGCGGUUAAUCGUGGAGAAUCACCCAGCAUCCAUCCCUCAGAAGGCUAAGCAAGUCCUGUUAGAGAACAGCUUCCAGGGCUCGCCAGAGGUUUUCUCCAGCCCAGGCGCUCCCAAAAAGACCUUACCUUCGACGCGGGUUGAUGAGUCCAUGGCGUGCAGCCGAAACAGGCGGCAAUCGGACCCACCGGAGUUCAUGUAUAGCCCCGAACGAGCGCGGCGGAGCUGCCCCAUCUUGCAGCUGGAGAAGAGCGGUUCUUAUCGCCGCGGCCGCAGGCAGUCUGACGUGGCCAAGAUCAAGCACGCUGACAGCGACGGAGAGCUCUUCCCAGCCGCUGAGCCCCUCAGGCCGCCUGGCGCCCCCUGCCCGGUGACGUUCGGCAGGAUGGAGAUGGACGCUGAGGAGUCGGACCAGGACGAAGGGGAGGCGGAGUUCUCUCUGGCCGGAGAGCCGGUCCCCGGAAAUUUGUCCAUCACGGAGGAAAUCCUAGAACUGCUCAGCCAACGGGGCUUGGAUGGCGAGUCGGGAAAAGACGGGCCAAUUUUGGGAGAAGAGAGGGCGGAGGAUCCGCUUCUGAAAAGUGAAACGUUGGAGCAGCUGGAGGAGAAGGCAGAAGAGGAGGCGGUGGAAGAGCGCGGAUUGGAGCGGGAAGAGGCCACCCAGAGAGACCCGGUCCAGGAACAGCUGCCUCCGAUGCCUCGUCAUCGCUUCACCUGCGACUCCUCCGAGGAAGAGGAGCAACGGGAGGAGUCCGCCAAUCUGUCUCCUCUCCACGUUCUGGAGAACAUGGAGGAUGCCUGCAGGAAGCCAGGAGAGGGGGACGGUGCUGCCUGCGUGGGGCAGGCAGCGGUGGGUGCGAGAAGCCCGCCCCCUGAGGAUCCCGGCCAAUCGAAUCAGCCGGCGCCAUGCGCCCAAAUCUCAUUGCAGGCAGAGGGUGGAGCCAAGCGUGACUCCACCUUGACGAAGGACGACUGGCUGCUGAUUGAGAAAAUGAAGAGCUACUACGAAGGGACGGAGGCUGUGAACAAGGUACCGGGUUCGAGUAAGAUGGAGGGCGCCCCUCCGGUGCCUGCCGGCGUGGUGCGCGAGUCCGUCCUUCGCUUCAACAGCAUCCUGCGGCAGAACGAUGCCCGGGACGCGGAAGUGGGCGGGGGCAAGCUGGGGAAGCUCCGCCCACAAACGGGCGCCGGCGGCCACAGGAGUCCCGGCAGGAGCAGGAGCCAAUCGUGUAACGCGCAGCCGCCCUUCUGCCAAUGGGAUUCCGGCGAGGGGCGGAGCCACCUGCCCGCAAGCCCCGGACGUUCCAAAAGGGGGAGGAGCCGCUCCGACGGCGGCCAAUCGCCAGGCGGCUCUGAAGAUUCCGCCGGCGGCGAGGCCCAAUCGCCUCGGGCUUGCUGUGAGGAUUCCGAGAAGGGGCGGAGUCCAUCUGGGAGAACCCAUAACGUUUCUGGAAGUGGGUGUGGCUUGGAGGAGGAGGAGGAGCCUACAGGACCCGAGUUCAAAUCCUGUGCAGAGAUCCGGAGGGCUUGGCAGGAGAAGGAGCGGAGCGCUCUGGACGUUUUGAAGAAAGGCGGCAAGGAGGCAGGCAGGGGGUUGCCCUCCGCCCUGGAGACGCCGGUUUACGCCGAACCCUUGUGCAUUGUGGAGGAUUCGGACUUGGAGGAACCGCACUCGGGACCGAGUGGAGACCCGGAGGAGCAAGCCCACGGUCCGAGGACGGAGAGGCAGGCGGCUUUCGCGGGCGAUGGAUCUCGGGGAUACCUGCCCGCCCUGGACCUCUACGAGAGCAACGGGGACCCGUGUCUUCUGGAGAACUCGGAGCGCAUCAUCAGCAAGGUGCAGGCCUUGGCCAAAAUGUACAGCGAGAAAAUCAGCCGCCUGAAAGCCCAGGGCCGGGGGCUGGAGAGGCCCCGGGCCCCCUACCACCGGAGGAGCCUCGGCAGGAGCCUGGCCGGGGUGCAGGAGGGGAAGCAAGGAGCCGCCAUCCCCCACUGCGAGCCCCGAAUCUACGGCCACGUCCUCAUCCACGAGCCCCUGCACCACGUGAUCCGAGUCCAGGAGAACACAUUUAUCACUGCCGCCACCCGGGGGACGGCCCUGGAGCUGCGUGCUGAGAAGCCCUGCCCGCUCCUUUCCCCAGAACUCCUGGGUCCACUACGGCAGGGACUUCUGUGCCCCGCACCCCAACCUCCGUGCGUUGGGUCUGAUGCCUCGGCACUCCCAGAAGGCAAGCAAAGCGGAGGUGAACCAGGAAGCCCCAGACACUCCCCAUCGCCCGGCCCUGCUGUGGAUCCCCUUGCCAAAGAGGCACGCAAAUUGAGGGAGCCUCCUCUGCACCCCAGAUUCGUAACCGAGAGAACCACGCUUGGAGCCACGAACGCAGAGGAAACCACAUCUGCGUCAGAGCCGGCUGGGGAGAUGGAAGAGGCAACGCGGUCAUCUUCUGGGCCUGGGGUGCAGCCGGCGGGUGCCGUUGGAAAAGGGGUGCCCAGCCGUUCCCACGACUCCCAGAGACUCAUUGACCUGGAAACCAGAAACUCUUCUGUCUUCCCAGGCUCUGUAGAGGAACCGAAGCCCAGUUUGCCCAGUUCUCCAGCUGCUCCCCCAGCAGGGCAGGCCUCCCCCCAGAACCAGGAAGGACCCCCCUCCUAUACAAACUCUGGGCUGCAGCUGUCGGCAGACGGCAGUUCAACAGGAAAAGGCUCGGCACCUUUCCAGGAGAACAAUAAAGUACGUACAGAGCUGGCAGCAUCGAGCAACGAAUCCUUCAAAACGCUGCCCGGCGUCCAUUGGACUGUGGCCCUGGAUUCUACCCCAAAGGCCACGGUGCUCCUCCCGCUGGCUUCCUCAGAGGUCCCGCUGCCGAUGCCCCGCAGCACGGAGAAUUGCCCCGUCCAAGAAUCCCCUUCCCUGACCCGGCCCGAUUUCCAGGCGGCAACAGAGCUUCCGGUCUCCGUGCAACAGCAGCGCGUGCCGGCCCCGCUCUCGAAGCUCCUCCCCGCCUCUCCGGUCCGCAGGUGCCUCUCCUCUAGUGCGGCAGCCAUUUCCAGGUACAUUGCGGCCUCCUGCAUCAGCCAGAGCCUGGCGCGGAAAAACGGCGGCCCUCCUUAUGAGGAGAUGCAGGUGCCGUUCCUGCCUCCCGCCUCUGGACCGACACUCCCGAGACCCCUGGCAAACCCUUUGGCUCUGCUCCCCAAGGGGGCACCCAAGGCCCACGCCAACCUGGGGAAGCCAGAGGCCUUAUUUCCGAGAGACGCGUCUCCGGCCCGCUGUUUCGGGCCCCUCUCUCCUCCCCGCCGACGAGCCUUGUCCGCAGCAGCCCAGGCCUUCGAGAACGGCGCCCCCUUCUCCUCCGCUUCCGAGCCAAACUCCAGGGUGCAGUCGCCCUGCCCCGUAAAGCCCAGAGUCUGCUCCCCGCCUCCAAGCGGGCCCCGGGCCUGCGGCUUUGCCCCCUUGUGUGCCCACCCUCCCGGGCAGCCGCCCGCCCACAUCGCCUCCCCGGUGCCAUUGGUGCCAGACUGUGCCACGGGGCCGGCCGCGCUGCCUCCUUUGAGGCCGCGGGGAAACAGCCUCCCCAGUGGCGGGCUGGCCGAGAGCCCGGCCGUAAACGGGGACCAGGCGCCACUAAGGUGUGCCAUGGGGGCUCCCCACCACUCGCCCGCUCCGCCGCUCAGAGGCUCCCCCGGAUCCCACGAAAUUGGCAGCAUCAAGUGGCCCAAUGUGCCGGGCCUGUGUCUGAAGUACGUGGGCAGGGAGUCCCGGCCGAGCUCCCAGAGGAGGCCGCUUGAGGGGGAGGGCUGCCCCGAAUCGGACUCCCUUGUAAGCACAGACCCGGCGCAGCUCUCUGAGAAGAGCCAGCAGAGGGCCAGUUACUCGACGACGGUGAAUAUCCAGAUUGGUGGCAGCGGUAGGAUCGCCUCUUUCAGCAACGCCCAGGUCAGCCUGACCCACCCGCUGCUGCCCACCCCGGACCAGCCGAGCGUCAGGAAGGUCAAUGGCAGUGCCUUAGAGGGGGUGCCCAAGACGUGAACUUUCCGGGUCCUGCCCGGGGCUAGGACCAAGCCCUACCUCUGCGCCAGGGAGGGGGUGAGAAGGGGCGGAUGGCGGGAGAGUUUAAGGGAGACGAAUUGUGGGUGUGCAGUCCGAAAGAUCGGCAAAGCAGCUCCCUCCCCCCCAAAAUGCCACAGGGAAAGGUGAUUUCUCCUCCUUCACCUCUUUGAACCUCACUCUGUUGGGAAUGAAUAAUUCGCCUGGGUUGGAGUCAAUUUCAGUUCAUUGGUAGCAGCAGGAAUGGUGAGUUGGGUGCCGAAACACUUGGGGUCACUGUUUCAGGUGUAUGUAUUUGAGGGGGGGCAUUUUCUCAUGUUUCUCGCCCCCACUACCCUGCCUUUCCCCCACCAGAUUGAGGACAGGUUCUGGUAGGUUUUUGUUUUAGAAGAGGUCCGGAGCUCCCCAUAAAGACGUAUUAUGUGUUAAACCACUGUACAGCUGCAUUUGCCUUGUACAUUUAAAGCGCUAUGCUUCCCCCUUUAAACUGUCAUGGCUUCCCCCUCCCGCACAGAAUUCUGGGAGCCCUAGUCUGCAAUGGGUGCCCAGCGUUGACAGGAGACCCUCGUAUUUCCCUCCCGGGGCCACGAUUCUCCCUGGGAACUGUAAUCUGCCGUUCUGUUGUCCUGAGACAACAAUCUUCCUCUGCAACCUUGC